AUGGCGAUACGUAUUUUUGUACCCGAUUGCCAUGAUUUGUUCGAGCCCUGUGCGAUUAUCGAGCAGCAGCAGCAGCGGCGGCGGCCGCGCUCAGAGGAAUCAGGAUGCGAAGAGCGAGGAAAUUCCCCCGUCGAGGAGCGCACGCCGAGAGAAUGCAACAGGCAGAUUGCUAUCUUUGUGCAGUUCAUUUACCCACCCAGAGGCACAGCGAUGCCUUUCGGCCCCCAAAGUGCCAGCGAGGUCGCCCGUCGAGGCGCGAGCAAAGAGCGAUGGGAUGGCAGCCAGCACGCGUCUUCAGCACGCGAAUGGCUAGGCAGGAAAUGUGAUGAUGAAGCGACACUAAUUCCAAUUCACACCGCACUCGUAGCCAACACGACCGGGAGCUCGCGGGCGGGUAUCGGACAAGACAGCGCACUGCGGCGAGCGGAACACAGAGACGUUCCGCCGCAUCCUCCCAUCGCACUGUGUGCCGACGCCGAGCGACGAAGCGGCCACAAGCCCAAGAGGCUGGGCGCUAUCUGGGCCAUGAUCGGGCGAGCAUCGCUGGUGCAUUCUGACUGACCGCCUCCCCUCUGUUAAUACACCAAUUUCGUUCUUUUCGAUACAACGCCCGUUGACCCGCUCUUGUGGCUCUGGCAUGCUAAAGUCCGAGCUGCGGGCCCCGGCGGGUGUGUUUGAGAGGCGGGCUCAGCCUUUGGCCGGCGUGCUGCUCCCUGGAAGGGCUGCAGCCUUGUGGGAUUGA